UUCAGAGCCCUCUUAGUCGUUUGCUUCAUACUCGUCAGCUUUUUUACGCAUCCAAAUUUUCAAGUUCAAGUACUCAUGGUCGUUAGCUUUUCUACUCGUCCAAAUUUUCAAGCUCAAAUUCUCUUGGUUGUUAACUUUGCUACUCGUCCAAAUUUUCAAGCUCAAGUGCUCUUGGUCGUCAGCUUUGCUACUUGUCCGGACUGCAUUCGAACUUCAUCGGUGUAAGAAUGAGUGAGUUCAAGACCACCGAUAGCCCCUCGUUUUCCAAACAUAGAAAACUAGACGAUAGAGGGUUGCCUCCCAAUGUGAGCAUGGAUUCUUCUAAGUCAAGUUCUGAAGUUGGGUUGUCAGGCACUGCAUCAAUUAGUGGAGAUGGUGACUCUUCUCCAUUUGAGGGCCCUGACUGUCCCUUUAUCUUGCCUGAUGCGUGGGAGGUGAACAAUCAGUGUUCCUCCCUUUCUAAGAAAAGGCUACUCAAGAUACAGUCCGAGUUUCAGAUCCCUUAUAAUGUGACUACUAGGUUAGCUAAGGCUUAAGAAAAAUGUCACUCUCAUGAUGGCAAAGGCGUUGGGUUUUAUGAAGCUUCUUUUGUAAGUGGGUUGAGGCUUCCAUUGAAUCACCUCACUAGGAGGUUAUUAAGGAGAUUGGGAAUAGCUAUUUCUAAACUAGCACCUAACUCUUGGCGUGCCUUCGUGAGGGCUUAAGUGCUAUGGAGGAUCAUAAGUAAGGGUUAAGAGACUUUUUCCUUGAAUAAGUCUCUGUAUUGUUAUAAACCUACACAAAUCCCUACGGUUAAGGGUAUGUAUUACUUUAAGUGUAGGAAGGGAAAGUAUAAGUAAAUUACUGAGAUUCCAUAUUCCAAUAGGGAUUGGAAGGAAAAGUUUUUCUUUGGUACUAACUGGGUAUGUGUGGCCCUAAGUAAGUUAGUAUUGUAAAAGUCAGUGGACUAUACUUUGGGAGUAUUGCCAAAGUCUAGUGAGUCAUCUGGCUAGCUUCUCUCGUUCGCUUUUCUUCUUAAAAUGUUAUCUAACUUUUUAAUUGUUGAUUCUCAGCUCAAAUUUUACUGAAGUUGUCUGCAGAUCAAUUAGCUAGAGUGAAAAGGGCUACAAGCUUCUCUACUUCUGAAUGCAACUAGAGAGCCUUAGUCAGUCACAGUAGAUAAUAUUCACAAGUACAAUUUUGGACGUAUCCCUUUUGCUGCUGCUCAUCACCAUGAAAGAAUCUCUUGUAUAUGCUAGUGCUGCUAAAAAGAACAAGAAUGUCCAGAAGGUAGCUGCUCUUGCUACAUCCGCAAUUAGAGAGGGGAAGCUGCAACUUCCCACACCUGGUGAGAAAAGGAAAUUCAUUGUGGACACUUCUCCUAAAACCUUUGGGACUAUUACUCGUCCGAAAGAGACUCCCAACCACCCUUCUUCGACUCCUGCCUGUUCGGCUUCUGUUGAUCGUCUAAGGGUUCACGAUAAGGGAAAGGGUCCUUUUACCCCUCCCAAGCCUCCUCUACUCGUUCAAGAUGCUUCUUAUGCUGUGGAGCAAGCCUUGUUUAUCAUUAAGAAUGAGGACAUAGACGAUUGUGAUGAGUAUGCUACUAGUUCUAUUAUUGUGUCUGAGCUGCAUGACCUCAUCAAGGCAAUGGUAAGAAUGAAAAUCCUUGAGUUAAGGUGUAAGGACUAUGAGGAUCAAGUAGUUGCCCUUCGAAAGCGUUUGGAGAACAACAUUGAGGUCAUCAAAGGGUUGUCAGAAUUUGUGUCCCCACUAAUAGAGAAGGUAGCUAUCUUGGAGACUAAGGUGAAGGAGUUGGAGGUGCAAUGCGCUUCCCAUGUAGACCUCUUCAUCUUUCCAGAGGACGAGAAAAUACACCUCUCGAAGGAGCUGGGAAAGCUUCAGGAAGAGCUGAGUAAUGCUAAGAUGAGAGUUGUUGUGAAGUACUCCACUUCGUAGGAGUACCAUAAUGACUUGGGCCUCUAUUAUGUGUGGGGGUUUGAACAUUUUUGUACUCAAGCUUUGGCGGCUUUCAAAGACUUAGAUUUCUCUAAUUUUGAGAUUAAUCUUGAGGAGGGCUCUUCUACAACUAUGGUGGGUGACGGUGCUGAGCAAGGUGGGGACAACGUUAUUGACGAGGAAACCAAGGGAGACAACCAAACUAGGCGUCAGACUCAGUUAAUUUUCUUUGUAUUUUCAUUUACAUACAUUCAUGUUUAAUACUUUUAUU